CUCAGCUCUGUACCUCCCACCAUGCCGCCCUCAUCACUUUCAAGACGGCGCAUAUGUGCCACAAACAAGACGUUAUUCUGGCUCGCUAUCGUCACCACCGUUAUCGUUUCCAUACACUCCCUGCUGUUCUACACGCGGCCUGAGUAUGCAGACCUCACAUCCGUCUCCCGCAUCAAGGAGCAGUUCGGAUGGGCUCGACCAACGCCUGCACCGACUCCAGAGGAGCUCAUUCACAACAUAGAGGCCAAGUACCCGUCAAAUAGCACGACACGCGCGAACGCCGUACUCCUCAUGCUGGCGCGCAACUCUGACGUGGACGGCGCCGUCGCCAGCAUCAAGGAGCUCGAGGAUCGCUUUAACAAGCGCUUCGGGUAUCCCUGGCUGUUCCUCAACGAGGUGCCAUUUUCGAACGAGUUCAAAGAGAAAGUCUCCGCAGUCGUCUCUGGCACUCCGCAGUUCGGGCUUAUCCCGCCAGAACACUGGGAGCAGCCUGAUUGGAUAGACGAGGAACGCGCCUCGGCGAACAGGGCACAAGCAGACAAGGACGGUGUUCCCUACGGAGGCAGCCUUCCGUACCGCAAUAUGUGUAGGUUCAACUCCGGGUUCUUCUACAGGCACCCAUUAGUGCUACCGUACAAGUGGUACUGGCGCGUCGAACCGGACGUACACUUCCCAUGCAACAUUAAUUACGACCCGUUCCGGAUGAUGGAAGACACGAAGAAAGUUUACGGUUUCACGAUUACGCCGCUUGAAUGGCCAUUAACGAUCCCCACAUUGUGGGAUACCGUGAGGGAGUUUAUGGACGAGUACCCCCAGUACCUGACCCGCCACAAUUCCCUGAAUUACCUCUCGGAUGACGGUGGGCUCACCUACAACAGGUGUCACUUCUGGAGCAACUUCGAGAUCGGCAACCUCGAGUUCUGGCGCGGCGAGGCCUACACCAAGUUCUUCGAACACCUCGAGUCCAAGGGCGGGUUCUACUACGAGCGCUGGGGCGACGCGCCCGUCCACAGCAUAGGCGCGAGCCUCUUCGCCGAGCGGCACCAGAUCCACUUCUUCGACGACAUCGGGUACCUGCACUACCCCCUGCAGCACUGCCCGCGCGACGAGGCCGUGCGCACCGCGCUCGAGUGCGUGUGCGAUCCGAACGGCAGCUACGAUUACCGGGAGGACUCGUGUUUACGGAAAUGGGAGGAGAACCUCGAUUCAUAGCCUGCGCUACGCUGCAUCUCCUCUGCUCUCCUCUCGACCUCUCGACGCUUUGUGAUGACGUUUGUUUCUUUGUUCUGGGCUCAGUAGGGUAUGUAAUUGGUACUGUCCACGUAAUGUACACUGGGAGUAGGCUCCCGCUGCAAGGGUUUUGGCAAUGCUUUCGUGC